AUAUAGAAAAAGAGAGAGAGAGAGAGAGGGGAAGAUGAGGGUGUUUCCAAAGUUCAGAUCGUUUUCAAGAGCAGUACACGAGGAACGAGAUAGUGAGCAGGAGAAGAAGGCGUACCCGAGAACGGAAGGAACCCCGUGCGCAUCGCUAACAGUUUGGAGGAAAUCACUUGUAAUUAGCUGUGAAGGAUUCACGGUAAUCGAUUCUGAUGGAAAUUUGGCGUAUCGGGUCGAUAACUACGACGAGCGCCCAGAGGAAGUCGUUCUCAUGGAUGGCGCCGGAAAAUCUGUCCUCACCAUGCGCCGCCGCAGGAAACUUGGACUUGGAGAUUGCUGGUUAGUAUAUGAAGGGGAAGUGGGUAACUGCGGUUUGAGAAACGGAUCAACAGAGAGUCCAAUUUUUUGUGUGAGGAAGCAUGUGAAUAUUUUACAGGGCAAUACCAACGUUCAGGCGUACAUAUACCGUGGAACUUCAGAUAAACGACAUGCGUUUUCAGUUGAAGGUUCUUUCGCACAUAGGACAUGUAAGGUACUUGAUGAGUCGAAGGAGGUGGUUGCUGAGAUUAAGAGGAAGGAAGCCAGUAGCAAAGGCGCCUCGUUUGGACUAGAUGUUUUUCAGUUGAUUGUACAGCCAGGUUUUGAUGCUGGGUUUGUAAUGGCCCUCGUUUUGCUCCUUGAUCAAAUGUUUUCUUGACACUUCGCUUAUUUUUCCAUUACCCACCUAUCACACGCUGUGUAUGAAUACUUUGAGAAGAAAUACAAUUCCAGUUUUGGUCUCUCAUUAUGAUUA